AUGGGCAAAAUAGCCAAGAUUGAGUAUUUCCGCGUGCCCCCACGAUGGCUCUUUGUCAAAAUCACCGACCAAGACAACAACACCGGCUGGGGCGAGGCCUCCCUCGAGGGCCACACGCAGGCCGUGGAAGGAUGCCUCGACGCAUGGCGCGAGCAAUACACCGGCCUCGAGGCAGACCUCGCCCGCAAGGCCCAGGGCUUCACGGCGGUCAAGAUGAACGCCACCUCGGACAUGGGCUGGCUCGACUCGCCCGCCCGGCUGGCGAGCUGCGUGGAGCGCGUGCAGGCCGUCAAGGCGCAGGGCCUCGACGUCGGCGUCGACUUCCACGGCCGGCUGCACCGCCCCAUGGCGAAGCAGCUCGCGGCGCUGCUGGCGCCCCUGCAGCCGCUCUUCAUCGAGGAGCCCCUGCUCCCGGAGCACAUCGAGGCCGUCCGCCAGCUCGCGGGCCAGGCCGCCGUGCCCGUCGCCCUCGGCGAGCGCCUCCACAGCCGCUGGGACGCGAAGCCCUUCCUCGAGGCGUCGUGCGUAGACGUCCUGCAGCCCGACGUCUGCCACGUCGGCGGCAUCUCGGAGCUUCGCCGCAUCGCCGCCAUGGCCGAGGCCUACGACGUCCCCAUCGCGCCGCACUGCCCGCUCGGGCCCGUCGCCCUCGCCGCGUGCCUGCAGGUCGCUGCCGCCACGCCCAACUUUGCCAUCCAGGAGAUGAGCCUGGGCAUACACUACAAUGUCGCCGGCUACGACUUGCUGAGCUACAUCACGAACCCGCACAUUUGGGACGUCAAGGACGGCUAUGUGGAGCUGAUGGACGGGCCGGGGCUGGGCAUUCGUGUCAAUGAGCAUCUGGUCCGGGAGGCUAGCAAAGGUGCCGAGGCGUGGGUGAGUCCUGGCUUUGUUGGCCCGGGUGGUGAGUUGAGGGAGUGGUGA